AUGGGCGUAGCCAUCAUCGCAGGCGUCGUCGUGGCCGUCAUCGCCGUCGCGCUGUGCGCGGCCGGCUUCUGGUUCUACCGGGCGUACAACAUGGAGAAGGCGAAGAAGACGGCCAUGGCGGGCAAAUGGUCGGGCGCGUACAGCACCGGUAACUCGACAGCGUCGGGUGCAAGUCGUCCUCCAGCAGCGCCGCCCGUAUAA